AGGAUAAGCUAUUAGUGGCUUAGAUCGGAGCAAGUGUCUUUUGCCAAUAUUUGUAAUACCGCGAAUGGUGUGGUUAGCCGCUGGUGUGGCACUACUGCGCAACCCCCUGGCACACGAAGGCUGCAAUAUAUAAAAAUAUAUUGUUAAUGGAUCAAUUGGCCGUACAUCCACUGUGAAGUAAGGGAUCGGAGCUAAGAACUCAACGGCACGCAACGAGUGGACGCCCCCAAAAAAAGAACCGCACCUGCGGCAGCCACAAAAAAUCAACAUGAAGAAGAAACUCAAAUUAACAACAACAAAAACGACUGAGAACAUGUGCAACGUAGCAUGCAAUGGUGGAGACUACUUGCGGGCAAGUAGUAAUAGUAGUACUGGAUGCAGAGGAGGGCAGCCCCUGCAGCCGGUCGUGGUGCUGCUUUUGCUCAUCGGCUGCUGCUGCCUCAGUAUGGCCGCCGCCGAUCCUCUUAAGGUUGUGUACGCAGUGAAUGCCGGCGGAGAAGAGCACACGGACCGCAAUGGCAUUACCUACGAGGCGGAUCCACUAAAGAAUGUGGGCAUUGCCUCGGACUACGGCAAGCAUCUGCUGAUGAUUGGACGAACGCACGAGCAUGACGAGAUGCUGUAUCGCACGGAGCGCUACCACACGACGACCUUUGGCUACGACUUCCCCACCGACGGCGACGGUGAUUAUGCGCUGAUAAUGAAGUUCUGCGAGGUGUACUUCGAUGCCCCCGGGCGCAAGGUGUUCGAUGUGCUGCUGAAUCGCAAGCAUACGGUCAUCAGACAGCUGGACAUCUACGAGCAGGUGGGUCGUGGCUCGGCCCACGAUGAGAUUGUUUACUUCAAGAUCAACAACGGGCGACUGCACUACUUGGGCGAAGUAUCGGAUGUGAGGAACGGCCAGCUGCGGCUGGACUUCAUCAAGGGUGCCCUGGACAAUCCCAAGAUCAAUGCCUUUGCCCUGCUCAAAGGAGACAUUAGCCAAAUUCCCACAUCGGAAGCCAGCACCAGGAUUGGACCCGAGAAGCCCAAUCAGGGACAGCAGGAGCGUGUGGUACGCACUCAACGAGACGAAAUAGACGAGGAUGACGAGGACCUAGACGAUCUGGAUGAGCUGGAGGAAGAGGACAUGAUCGAGCAGCAUGCACCACCACCACCACCACAGCAACAGCACCAACACCAGAAUCAUCAUCAUCAACAACAACAGCCACCACAGCAGCCCCAGCAGCAGCAGCAACAACAACGCCAAGAGCAAUCCCAAUCACAGACGCCCGACUCGAAACGUGCGUUCAGCGGACCACGUCAACCCAAUCCAUAUUCGAUGGAUGACUCUUCCAUAUUGCUUCCAGUGUUUAUCGCCAUCGGAGCUUUCAUACCGCUGCUUUUCUGCCUGUGCAAGCUGUGAUCCCCAUGGGAACGAUCUUGGUGCCUCGGCCUGUUUGAUUUAUUGCUUUUUGUGAUUUUGAUAAAAGACUUAAUUGUAUACUUAUCGUUUAGUUUGUACGUUAGGCAUACCCUAGAGACCCCCCUUUCCCUCCUUUCCCAUCCUCUUUUUCCUUUGCAUUUGCCACAAGACGCACAGAUCUCCGCCUCCUCUCCCCAUAUAUCGUUUCUCUCUAUAAACCUAAGUCCGUGCAUAUGUGUUCCUUUUUUUGACUACUGCCGUUCCAGGCUGAGUGUACUUAAACAUAUUGUAACUCGAUUCUUCCAAACUUAACUUAAAUUUUAGUCGGUGUUGUUCUAUGGAGAAAUGUGCGCACAAAUUCUAAGCGGUUUUAUGGCAGUUUUGCUUGAAAACUGUUUAAUUUUUGAAUCGAAAUGAAAUAAAGAAUCAACCUUGUUUGUUAUAA